UUCCAGGUAUUGCUGAUCUUAUUCAAAUCCAUUUCGAUUCCUCUGGUGGCGAGCCGGUUUCUGGUUAUUUUGGUGUUUGAAUUUUCAAUUUUGUUUUCAGAGAAAAUGAUUAUCCCAUACUCGACACAACUCACUUGCGCUCUUAAAGAGAAUGGAAGAACUAGACAAUGUCUUUGUUCCCAGAGAUCAUCUUCACUAAAGCCGGAAACACUUUAUACCGUGAGAAAGGCAUUAAGACAGCAGAUGAGCUCUCAAAGAUCAUGGCUUUCUUGUUUUAAUGAUGUAGCCAAUUCCCAAGAACAGAUUCCUUCACUCCUGUUGCUAUUUAUAGUAUGGAGACUCAAAAGCAGAGACUUCGCGUUAUCUACCAUCUCUCUCUCGUGACGUGCUCUCUUCUCCACUUCUCUCUCUCAAUCUCCCGUUCUCAUCUCCUCUUCAUGGUUGCAUUCAUUCCGGUUUCCCAAAUUUUCUUCAUUUGGCGAGAGUUCCUUUGAUCUUCUUCUUCUUCCAUGGAUUCGGUUAUCAUCGAACCAGACGAGCGUGAGGCCUUGUCAUCGCUUGUCCCCUCUCAUCCACCCCCGCGUAAGACACAUUCCUACGUCGAGCAAUACGAGCAGAAGCCGCAGCAUCACCCGAUCCGCAAAUACAGCCUCGACGAGGGCUCAAGAUCCGUGCCAACAGAUUCCGAACCUGUCUAUUUCGAUUCCUCCGACGGCGAGUUCUCCACCGAAGGAGUAGCCACCGUAGACGGCAGAACUGGCGGCGAGAGAGGCAAUGUGGAGGAUGAUCACUGCCUCAUCACCCCUCCUUCCAAACCAGCACCAGCACCAGAACCGCAGCGUGGUGAGAUUGCUGGUCACGGAGGAGAAGUUGGAGGAGGAGGAGAAGGAGGGGAAGACAUUGAGCCUCUUCCGGAGUUCAUGGGAGCAGGAGGUGGUGUAGACGUUUUCAAAGUUCCUGUGCGCGCAGCGGUGAACCCUGGACGCCCGCCGUGUCUCGAGAUCCGACCGCAUCCGUUGAGAGAGACGCAAACAGGGAAGUUUCUUAGAAACAUUGCUUGUACAGAAAGUCAGCUAUGGGCGGGACAGGAGAACGGCGUGAGGUUCUGGAACCUGGAGGAAGCAUACGAGGUCGGUUAUGGUGUAGGCGGGCAGGUGCGGCGAGGGGACGAGGAUACGGCGCCGUUUCAUGAGUCUGUUGCAAUCUCUCCCACCUUGUGUAUGAUGAUCGACCACGGGAAUAGGCUUGUGUGGAGCGGCCACAAGGAUGGCAAAAUCAGGGCUUGGAAAAUGGAUCAGGCGGUUACCAACACUGCCGAUGAUUCGAAGCCUUUCAAGGAACGGCUUUCGUGGCAAGCUCAUCGUGGUCCUGUGAAUUACAUUGUCAUUAGCUCCUAUGGUGAUAUGUGGUCAUGCUCUGAUGGGGGAGUGAUAAAGAUAUGGACUUUUGAUUCUUUAGAGAAGUCUCUUGUGCUUAAAGCGGAGGAGAAGCAUAUGGCUGCGUUGUUAGUGGAGAGGUCUGGUAUUGACCUUAGGAGCCAAGUUACUGUCAAUGGUACAUGCAGCAUUUCUUCCUCAGAUGUCAAGUUUUUGUUAGUUGAUACCGUAAGAGCUAAAGUGUGGGCUGUGCAGCAUCUCUCAUUUUCAAUGUGGGAUGCUCAGAAUAAAGAUCUUCUGAAAGUCUUCAACAUUGAUGGACAAGUCGAAAACCGUGUGGAUGGCACACCUGCACAAGGACAACAAGUUGAAGAGACGAAAGCGAAGUUCUUCUCCACACCGAAAAAGGAUAAAUCUCAAGGCUUUCUGCAGAGAUCACGGCAUGCCAUAAUGGGAGCUGCAGGAGCUGUUCGCCGAGCUGCUACUAGAAGCACAGGAGCUUUUGCUGAAGAUCCUAGGAAAGUGGAAGCUAUUGCGAUUGCGGCAGAUGGAUCAAUUUGGACUGGAAGCAUGAACGGCGUAAUUGCUCAGUGGGACGGAAAUGGAAACCGCUUGCGCGAAGUAAACCAUCAUCAGCAGGCUGUUCUGUGCUUUUGCACUUUCGGUGAUCGGAUAUAUGUGGGUUAUUCGAGUGGUUACAUCCAGAUUCUGGAUCUUGGUGGGAAGCUAGUUGCAAGCUGGGUUUCACAUAAUGAACCUGUGAUAAAGCUAGCAGCAGGUGGUGGUUUCAUUUUUAGUUUAGCCACUCAUGGUGGUGUGAGAGGAUGGUAUGUGACAUCACCAGGACCUCUGGAUAGCGUAAUCCGAACGGAGUUAUCUCAAAAGGGGAAUACAUACGCCAGACAAGACAGUGUUAAGAUCUUGAUUGGUACAUGGAAUGUUGGUGAAGGACGAGCUUCAAGGGGAGCGCUUAUGUCUUGGCUGGGAUCUGAUGUUUCAGAUGUUGGCAUUGUAGCUGUUGGGUUGCAGGAAGUGGAUAUGGGGGCGGGUUUCCUUGCCAUGUCUACUGCUAAGGAAACGGUAGGGGUUGAAGGAAGUGUUGUGGGGAAAUGGUGGAUUGAUGCAAUUGGAAAUGCACUGGAUGAGAGAAAUACUUUUGAACGUAUGGGUUCAAGGCAAUUAGCGGGACUGCUAAUAUCUCUUUGGGUGAGGAAGGAUAUUAGAACACAUGUCGGAGAUCUUGAUGUUGCAGCAGUUCCAUGUGGCUUUGGCCGCGCCAUUGGCAACAAGGGAGGUGUGGGCUUGAGAAUCAGAGUUUAUGAUCGGAUCAUGUGCUUUGUGAACUGUCACUUGGCUGCUCACUUGGAGGCAGUUACUCGGAGAAAUGCCGAUUUCAAUCACAUAUAUCGGUCAAUGGUCUUCUCCAAAGGACAAAGUUUAUAUACUGUUCCAGCUGCCGGUGCUUCAUCAUCUACCCAAGCACAAAAGAAUAACACUAAUACAAACAUCAUCACUGAAGAGGAGAAAUCUGACUUGGCAGCAGCAGACUUUGUUGCAUUUUUUGGUGACUUCAACUAUAGGUUGUUUGGUAUAACCUACGACGAGGCGAGGGACUUCAUUUCACACCGAUCAUUUGAUUGGCUCAGAGAGAAAGACCAACUGAGGGCAGAGAUGAGUGAAGGAAAAGUGUUCCAAGGAAUGCGUGAGGCGUUGAUCACCUUUCCACCAACUUACAAAUUUGAAAAGAAUAAGCCUGGCCUUGGAGGGUAUGAUUCAGGGGAGAAAAAGCGUAUACCUGCGUGGUGUGACAGAGUUAUAUACAGAGAUAACCAAUCAACCCCAUUUUGCGAGUGCAAUUUGCAGUGUCCUGUAGUUUCUUGUACUGUAAUGUAUGAAGCUUGCAUGGAUGUGACUGAGAGUGAUCACAAACCUGUGCGCUGCAAACUUCAUGCUAACAUAGCUCACACCGAUAAAUCUGUGCGAAGACAGGAGCUGGGGAAAAUAAUAAAGUCUAGUGAGAAACUCAGAACCAUGUUCGAGGAACUAAGAUACGUUCCGGAAACUUCAGUGAGCACAAACAGUAUUCUUCUUCAGAGUCAGGACACGUUCAUCUUUUCAAUCACAAACAAGUCAAACUCGAGUAGAGCCCUCUUCAACAUCGUCUGCAAGGGUCAGACUGUUGUUAGAGAUGAUGGAGGCACCUUUGGUCUCCCUCGCUGGCUCGAGGUUUCUCCGGGAGCUGGUAUGAUAAAACCAGAUGCUUCUGUACAGGUGAAGGUUCAUCAUGAAGACUCUAACACCUCAGAUGAGUCAUUUGAUGGCAUCCAGCAACAAAACUCAUCGUGUGAAGAAGCUUGCGACAAGGAAGUGACCCUGAUGGUAAUCAUCCAGGGAAGCUGCUCGACCAGAACAACAAGCCACUCUAUCAAAGUCCGCUACUGCUUCUCAGCAGCCAAAUCAGUUAAUCUCGCUUAUUCCAAACCCAAACCCAACAACGCCACAAAGAAUAAUCAAGAAGGUUCCACUCGUUACCAGCCAGAGAGUUACCGCGGUGGGAGCACCAGACGGGGUUGAAGAUGAUGAUUCCUGCUAACAUCACACACUAUAGCUAGAUCUUAGAAGCCAUCUAAAGAAAUGCAUCCAGACCCAGUAGGAGAUCAAGUUUUUAUAAUAUUCACAACUAAGAUUCUGAGUUGUCAUCAGGUUAUGGUUUCUUCAUUCUCAUUCUUUGAUUCAUUUAAUAUCAGAAAAGUGUAUAUUGCGUUGAUACUUCAUUGAACUCAUUACAAAUCUGUUUUUCUA